AUAACUAGCACACUGCAUGUCUGAACGACUGCAGCAACAUCUCUGAAGGGAGCAUUCUACAGGCUCAGCUCCUCUUAAGGCACAGCAGAAACUGGAUUUUGUAAACUAUUUUGAGAAGCCUUUUUAUAAAACAGUUCUGAGAAGAUCUGAAUUUUUUUCUCUGCCUUCAAUUGUGCUUACCGUUUCCUUAAAGAAGCAUGUGCACAGGAGGUUGUGCCAAGUGUUUGGGAAUCACUCUUGUCCCUCUGUCUGUGCUAUGUACCCUCGCUCACAUAUUGCUGUUUUUCCCUGGAGGAAAAGUGAUUGAAGACAGUAACAACAUUACAGAUGAGGUCUGGUGGUUUGGAGGGAUCUUGGGAUCCGGCAUACUGAUGAUCCUUCCUGCCUUGGUAUUUUUGGGCCUUAAGAAUAAUGAUUGCUGUGGAUGCUGUGGUAAUGAGAGCUGCGGAAAGAGGUUUGCGAUGUUUUCUUCUAUAAUAUUUGCUGCUGUUGGAGUUCUCGGAGCUGGAUACUGCUUUGUUAUGGCAUCAGUAGCUAUAAACAAAGGCCCUAAAUGCCAAACUGGAAAAGAAUGGGCCUAUCCUUUCCAUGAUGGGGACUACCUCCAUAACCACACAUUGUGGGACACGUGUAAGUCACCUGAAAACAUUGUCCCAUGGCACCUGAGUCUCUUCUCCUUGCUGCUGGUCAUGAGUGGGAUCCAGAUAGUGCUCUGUGGCAUCCAGGUGGUAAACGGACUGUUUGGAACAAUCUGUGGAGACUGUCAAUGUUGUGGAUGCUGUGGGGGAGAUGGAACUGUCUAAAGAAUGUGAAUACUGCAGACAACCCUCCACGUCAUGAGAGGAUCUCUUUUGCAACAGCUCCAUAAAGCAGCCCUCAGAUGCAUUACCUCUGGCUAUUGAAUAGGAGAAUGAAGGGCACUUCCCUCCACAAACAUUAUGAAGCCUUGACUCCCUUUCUAGCUUUCCUGAAGGUCCUCAUCACAGAAUAAAAAUUAAAUUCAACUCCCACAUUCAUAAUUAAUUUUGUAAAA